CAACAGCAAGGGUAUUCAUCUCUGACAUGUCUACUUCACUCAAUCUAGGUAUGUCAUACACAAGUACGGUGGCCCACAGGGGACACCCUACUUCAGAUUCACCAUGAGACUGCAGGUAUAACAGUCGAGGUGGACUCAGAGCCAGCACCACAAAUUGGUCUUCAGUCCAACACACAUCACCAGACUACUGAAGAGAAACAUUUGGAUCAAGUCUGUGGUAAGACCAGAUUAUUUCGAGCCAGGAGGAAUCACUGAUAACACCACCAGUCAGGAUGAGUUACCUGACCUCUGACUCUAACCAGACAGGGAACAUUGACACCUUUAUCCGACCCCCUUACUUCUUCAUCAGUGGUUUCAUCGACAUCCCCCACAUGAACUACUAUUACGUCUUCCUCUGCUUCGUAUACAUCAUCUCUCUGGUGGGCAACACCUUCGUCAUGAUGGUUAUCUACAUGGACAGCAGUCUCCACAGCCCCAAGUACAUUGCUGUGUUCAACCUGGCCUUCGCAGACGUGUGUGGGAGCACUGCCCUGGUCCCCAAGCUCCUGGAUAUGUUCCUGUUCAGCAGACAGCUCAUCUCCUACAACCAGUGCCUCGCUAGCCUCUUCUUCAUCUUCCUCUUCCUCACCAUGCAGUCCUUCAACCUCACCAUCCUCUCCUACGACAGACUGGUGGCCAUCUGCUGCCCACUCAGGUACCAUAUGAUGGUGACCUACAGGUCCAUGUUCCAGCUGACGGGUGCUGCCUGGGCGUUUGCUGUGUUCCUGGUGUUGCUGGCUGUGUGCCUCAUCAACCGACUCUCCUUCUGUCGGUCUCUGGUGAUCAACAGCUACUUCUGUGACCACGGUCCCCUGUUCCGUCUGGCGGCCCCCUGUUCUGAUGUGGUCCCUAACAUAGUGAUGUCUUAUCUCAACCCCUGUAUAGUCCUCUAUUUCCCCAUGGUCUUCAUCAUAUCAUCAUACAUCUGUAUCACACACGCCCUGUUCACCAUCACACUGCCCCAGGACAGCUCUCUCAGAGUCAGAGCCGUGAAGACGUGUACCUCACACCUGAUACUCGUAGCCAUAUUCUACCUGCCUAUUAAUUUCACCUUCCUCCUUCACCCAAUCAUACCAACCAACGCCCGGAUCAUCAACCUCUCUCUGACCUCGGUGCUGCCGCCCAUGCUCAACCCCAUCAUAUAUGUUCUGAAGACAGAGGAGUUUAAGGAAUCGGCCAAGAAGCUGCUUAGUAAAAGAGGAGCACAGAGAGCUGUAGCGCCGGUGCAAUCAACAUGAAGUGCUAUUUGACUUGUUUUUGUUUGAUAUGCUGUGUAAGAUAUACUGUAUCUGCCAUAGUGAAAACUGUUGCUUCACUUAAAUUGUUUUUCUUCAAAAUGAAAUAUUUAUAUUAUUUUGGCGAUAUGCCUUU